AUGAGCAACACCUACCCUUGCUUCCAAGAAUUGGUGAACCGCGCUAUUGUCAUCGACAACAAGCGCAAGGACAUGGAUGCAAAGAAGAGAAAGCUCCAGGGGCAGCCGUCGGGCAGCAACACUCGCCCACGUGCGUACCCUCAGCAGGGAUUCCCUCAGCCCAGUCAAGGACCACAGAAUCAGUGGAACCGUGGUCAGUUUCCUCAGCGUCCCCAGUACUACCAGCAGCACAAUCACCAAAACCAACAACGUCCCCAGCAACAGUAUGGCAACCAGAAUCAGCAACGCCCCCAGCAUCAGGUCAGCAAUCAGGCACCACGCCAAGGAGUGCCCAAUAAUGCUCCUGGCAAGAGUGCAGCACCCAGCGGGAAUCCCAAUGCCUGUUACCGCUGCGGAGAGGUGGGACACUAUGCCUACCAGUGCCCCAAGAAGCAGAAUCCACCAGCCCAGCAAAAUCAGAACAACAAUCAAAGGCCUGCUCGACCUCCGUUCUCUGGGAAAGUGAACCAUGUGUCCACUGACACAGCUCAGGAAGCACCUGAGGUUAUGAUGGGGCGCAUAUAA